AUGCUACAAAUGGAGGAGAGUGAUCAAAUUUGUGAGUAUUUCACCAAAAUACUCACAAUUACGAACCAAAUGAAGAGUUGUGGAGAAACCAUCACGGAGCUGAUGAUUGUAGAGAAGAUCAUGCGCUCCUUGCCGAGGAAAUUUGACUAUAUUGCAGUAGCAAUAGAGGAAUCACAUGACUUGGCAGCAAUGAAAGUUGAAGAAUUGCAAAGUUCCCUUGAAGCACAUGAAAUGAGGUUGGUCAACAGAAGUCCGAUCAAGAAUUCCGAGCAAGCGUUGAAAGCACACCAUCUCAAGUAUGAUGAAAGAAAGAAACAAGGCAGAUGGAAAGGAAAACGAACACAGAAUACGUGGAAGAAUCGUAGAUAUGAGCACGAUUCUGAUCAACCCGAUGCCUCUGAGAAAAAAGGUGGAUCAUGGAAAUGCCACAAGAAGAAAGGGUAUGAUAAAAGAAAUAUUGAAUGCUUCAAUUGCCACAAGAAAGGACACUAUGCCAAUGAGUGUUAUGCUGACAGAGGAAAACAGAAAAAACAUCAAGAUAAGGAAGUGCAUGUGGUGCAAGAAGAAUCUGAUUCAGAUCCACUAACUCUGAUGGUUACGAAUUUUGCAGAAGAAACACACACAAAGUCAUGGUUUCUUGAUUCAGGAUGUUCGAAUCACAUGAUAGGUCACAAAGAAUGGCUCGUAAACUUUGAUUCAUCAAAGAAGAGUAAGGUGAAAUUUGCUGAUGAUAGCACAUUAAGAGUGGAGGGAGUGGGUGACGUUGUGAUCGUGAGGUAG